AUGCCAUCCCUGUCUCAACCAUUUAGACUAGCAACUCUCCCAAAAAUUGCUUCAUUGAGCAAUUUUUCUUUACAAGCAGAUUACGUUCAAGUCGCAGAUGGCACCUUUAAUGAAUCUACAAAUAACAUAACGUUAGGUAUUUCCGGGUCAUCUAUAUCUCAAUAUAUUAUUAAUCCUACACCAAAGUUAACAUUCGAUUACCCAAUACCCUCUACAAAUAUUAUCACGGCAUGCAAUGCUGAGAAAGGUCAAGCGAACAUUGACGGAAAUAUAGAAGCCAGUACCGAUGAUGAAGCCAACAACGAGAAGACUAUCAACACCCAAAAAAAAAGAAAUGUUGAAAUUUGGGCCUUUGGUUUAAUGGUAAAUAAGGGUAAUUAUACGCUAAAUGUUAUCACUAAGGCACUGGAAGAUACCACUGAUACCUCAAAUGACCAUCUGAGUGAGAGUGAUAUUGACAAUAAAGCAUACACGGGUUCAGACGAAUUUUUAUCUCAGUAUAAGAUCAAGGCGAAAGCCAAAGUCAUGAGUAUUAAAAUUGACACCAAGAACAGCUUAGUAAUUGCAAUUUUACAGAACGGGUUGAUUGAAAUUUUUGAUUUUAAGUUAACACUUUUGCAUUCAUUUGAUAUAUCUUAUGAUAACUUAAAAUAUGCUAAAUGGUUCACUGAAAAUGGAACUGAAUAUGUUUUUGUUCUCUGUCCAUUACAGGAUGAUAAAGUCUGCUAUAAAUUGCUCGAGCUAACAGAUUGUGGCAGUGGAGAAAGUUCGCCCAUAAAAGAAUUAUCAUCUACUAUCAUCGAAGGAUUUUCUUUUGAAAAUUCAAAGCUUUGUUAUCAAUUUGGAAAACUUUACAAAUUGAACCAGGGGAAAAUAUACAUUUACUCUUUACCACAUUGCCAAUUGCAACAAGUUAUUGAAUUUCCGAUGGUGGAUAAACUCAGUCCUGGAGAUGACUUAAUCUCUUUCCAACCUGUUUCAGUAAACAGAGUUCUACUGACCGUAAACAACGUCAUUUAUCUACUAGACUUACUGCAUUGUUCUACUUUAAGCCAAAGAGAAUUAACUCACGUGAAAACAUUCCAACUAUUAAAAUCUGCAGUGAUCAAUUCAGAAAAGUCGCAUAAUUCAAAAACAAUAGCAAUUGGUAUUUCAACGAAAAAUGGACCAAACCCAACGUCUUCCUUAGAAAUAAUUAAUAUUGAUGUUGGAACUAAUACGUUGAAGGACUCAUUAGGCAAGAGUUUUCAAGUUGGAAAUAAUGAUAGCUCAGUUAUUUUAAAGCCGCUAUUUGAUGAUAAAGACAUAAAUGACAAGAGAGUGAAAUGUAACGACGUCAGCGGGGAUUCAAGCGUUCCAGUCCUCCACUGUAAUGAAGUUAUUGAAAAGCUUUCAGCCCUUCAAGAUAAUGACAUUACAUCAUUUGAUGACAUAUUUUUCAAAGAACUAAAAAUCAAAGAAGAACAUUAUACUGAAAAAGAUAGAUAUAUUUCUGAUCCUGGCUUUUUGAAUAAAGUUUUAGAUCUAAUUUUCGGAAAGUUUAGCGGAAAUGAUUAUCCAAAAACUUUAACGUUUUUAUUGACACACCCAUUGUUUCCAUUGAGUCGUACACGCAACUUGCUAUCCUUACUAAGAGACCAACCUAGAUUAUUUAAACAAGCAAUUGUAACAUGCCCAAACUUGCCAUUAAAUGAACUACUUGAAGAAUUGUUUUCUAUCAGAAACAGGGAACUAUUACUUGAUAUCUCAUUUAGGAUUUUGCAGGAUUUCACCAGAGACUCUAUUAAACAAGAAAUGAAGAAACUAAGUAAAUUAGACGUUCAAAAUUUCAUUGAGUUCAUAACAAGCGGUGGUGAAGACAGCUCACCAGAAUGCUUCAACCCUAGCCAAAGCACGCAGCUAUUUCAACUCUUGUCCCUUGUGCUAGAUUCUAUCGGGCUAUUUUCAUUAGAAGGUGCUCUAUUGGAGAACUUAACCUUAUAUAUUGACAAACAAGUUGAGAUUGCUGAAAGAAAUACCGAAUUGUGGAAUUUGAUUGAUACGAAAGGUUUUCAGCAUGGGUUUGCUAGCUCAACCUUUGAUAACGGAACUUCUCAGAAGCGAGCCUUACCCACUUACACCAUGGAAUACUUGGACAUUUGA